CUUGCAUCCCAGAAAACAUGCCAUCUGCAGCAAGUGCAUUUACCACAACACUUUCACAUGCUGACAGCCCAGACUCCACAAACAUUGUCUCUUCUGAUAAAGGUACAAAAAUCUUAGGGGGUGAAGUCCCCCCAGCAGGUUACAAGGAGGCAAAGGCAUCACCUCCAGAUAUUAAAUGGACUGUUGAUGACGCUGGGCAAACACUUGUGAGGUUCACGUCAGGAAGAAUUUCAUCUCUGCAUAAGGGGGCAAUGACAGGUGAUCUGAAACAGUUUGAAGAAACUGAACAUAGUAAUGAUGGUACAGAUGGUGAGCAUGACAGUGAGGUCAUGUGCACAAGAACCUUUGCAUUUAGCAAUCCAAUGAAUCGCAAUACCAGCACUGGAGCUAAAGUGAGUGAUGCUGUCUAUCAAGCUGCUGUCAGUAAACUCUCCAGCAACAGUGGAUGGCCUUUGCCUGUCUUUGACCUAGGAAGCCUAAGACAGCGCUGUCCUCAGCCAACUCUAGACAUCUGCUUGAUUGGCAUGUAUCCUUUUACUGGAUGUCAGUAUGUGUCUGCCAGUGAAGGAAGUGUUGUUUUGUUUGCAAAAGGUGCACAGGAUAACUUGCAAAGAAGCAAGAGUUUUAAGAACAAACCAUCAAGGCCUCUGAAUGAACAAGGAGAUAGUAAAAACCCUGACUGGACAGUGUAUGUCCUCCAGAAUAUGGACCCCAUUCAGCUUUACAAGGCAGUGAUGCCAUUAGCAAGUCGCUGCCAGAAGCACAAUGCACAGGCAUAUUAUCACCUUAUUUGUGAGCAACACUUUUUCCUAAGAACGCUCUGCCUGGCAGAUUCAGGUUCCAAAGAUGACAAGAAGAAAAAGAAGCUUAAGAAGAUACUCUGUGAGUCUGCUGCAAAUUUGACGGAGGUGUUUUCAAGAAUCACUGAUGCCUCUAAGGAUAGUAUAGACUACUUUGCAAUGUCUGGCUUAACUUUGCGAGACAUUGUCGACAGGACUCACAAAUCUGGACAGCCUGUAACAGAAGGCCUGAUCCAUUUCUUGGAUGAAAAUUUAUUUGGGUCAGAUAAACAAGUGAAUGUGUCAGAGAAUAUUGCCAAAAAAAUUUUCAAGCUCUAUGCCAAAGGUAAACCAGGUCGAGUAGCAGAGAUUAUCCUGAUGUCAUCUCUGAGUGGGUUUUCAUCAGAGACAGCAUUAGCUGCUCUGGAAGAUGUGAAGAAAACACAAACCGAGAAGGGCUGUGCUUACAGCUUAUCACCAUUGGAUAACGUGGUGCGAGCUGUGCUUUAUCUUCAUCAGUGUGAACCUGAUCAUGCCCAGGCUGCCCUCUUCUCUAUUCCGAAGAAAAUGCUUGUUGAAGUUCUGACCACUCACUUUUACUUGUUACAUGACGAUGGAACUCACUUUACUCCGCUAGCACAGCUUUUACGCAAACAUCAACCUAAGCUGUUUGUAGAGGUUCUGCUCAACCUUCAUGAUAACAAAGCCUUGUCUGUGGAAACCCUUCUCAGUUUAUUUGGGACCAGCAGGCCGGAUGCAAACCAGAAUGAACUGGCCAUCGAGUUCAUGGAGACUUUACUAAAUGACAAAAACAGGUUGGACUCAUUUAGUGCAACAGCGAUCCCAUUAUCUCGGAUUUACCUGGAGAGAAUUGAAAAUAAACAAAGGAAGCGUCAAGCUUCCAUUUCUCAUCAACAUAUUCCGAAAGGAGAAGGACAUUUUGGAACUCGACACCCAUGGCUCGACAAGCUGUCUCCUUUUCAAGGCGCCUUGUGUCUUCCCGGACUCCCAGGCUGCCCUUGCUCCAAGCCAGUCUCGCCUCAGGCCUCCCCGCAGUUGUCCCGAUCUUCCUCUCGGUUUUCCAAUUCUUCCCGACGAUCAGCUAGCAAGGGUUCUUACCUUUCUGUUCCGCGUGGUGUAGACUCGACCGCGAGCCCUUAUGAGUGUUCUUGUUGCUGCUGUAACGAAGAUUUAAUAAAAAUCCAGGCGCUGUUGUGCUCCAAGUAUGUCAGCAGUGAGUUGGCUGAUUUUGUCUUGGGUGAAAUAGAAGGUCAAGCGAUAAGAAAGGAUAGAACUUCCCUACUGCUUCUUUGUCUGCCACAUGUGGAACGACACGCUGAGGCUAUGGCCAUUGUUUUGGACGAGUUUCCCAUGAUAGCCUUACCUUAUGCUUUGCAUUACUUUGGUCAGAACGUGGAGAAGUGGUCUCAACUGGUGCAAACCUUACUAGACAUGUGUAAAGAAGAAACAGACAGCGACUAUUCAGAGUCAAGGAAGGAGGCCAUCGUGGCAGUCCUGAAAGGGACCCUCGAGCAACUAUGUUCAAUAGUGACCCCACGGGAGUUCCUGAAACUGUUACCAAGCGACGGAUGUCUCGGAUUUUUCCUCCCCUAUCUACAACAUUGUCACAGACGUUGUGCGUCAGGCGCCGUCAGCGAGAGACUGGCGACAACAAGACAUCUAACAACGUGAAUAACUGUUAACAGAGAAGAGCUGGACUCAUAUUCUCCAUACUGUUCCCUAUACAUUCUUAAGGUGCUGACAAGGCGAAUUCGUUUAACAAUCAAGAUUAUCUC